AUGCAGCACAGUGCCUUGAAGGUGGUCCUUGGACCAGAUGGUUUACCCACAGAUGACCCAGUCUGUUUGGACCAAGUCUUUCCCCUGACUUGCCCAAACUGGGAUUACAACAGCAAUCAAGAUUUUGAGCUCUGGGGGCUCCCAUCGUGUGGCCAAUUUCCAGACUCGGGGGUUUCUCCGUUUAUUGCAGUCGGCGGGUCUGACACUGGUACCUCAGGCAGCUUCUGUGUGAGUUAUCUGCAGGCAGCUCCCUGUGUCUCUGGGACCUCGGCAGCCCCUGCCGGGUCUUCCUUGCAAUCGGCGGGUCUGACACUGGAACAGCAACAGGAUCUCCAUAGGAGUCCCCAAGCUGAUUCAGAUAUCUGCCCGCUUUCCCUCCUUGUGUUUCUAAGGUUUAUCUUCAAGAACUAUCAGUGUGUUUUGGCCUUGGCUUUUGCUAUUGAGGAGAUAAACAACAACCCUGAUCUUUCACAUAAUUUAACUCUGGGAUUUGAUAUCUACGAUGAUCACUUCAGACCUUGGACAAUGUUUAAGAAUCCUUUCAUUUGUCUCUUUGGGAAGUACAAGAUUCCAAACUUCUCCUGUAUGAGAGACAGCAGGUUUAUAGCAGUACUUACAGGACCAUCAGGAAUAACAUCUGACCAGAUUGGGACAUUGCUAGGACUCUACAGAUUUCCACAGUUUACCUUUGGGCCUUUUGAUCAUGCCUUGAGUGACCAUAACAAGUUUCCUUCUCUCUAUCAGAUGGCACCAAAGGACACAUAUAUAGGCAGUGCCAUGGUGUUCUUACUGCUUCACUUCAGCUGCAGCUGGGUGGGACUGUUGUCUACACAAGAUGAGGAUGGUGCAUGGGUUCUUGCUGAAUUGAAAGAAGAGAUGGCCAAGAACAGAGUUUGUGUAGCCUAUGAGUCCUUGGCUGACACUACCUGCUUUUCUACAAUGAAGCAGCGAGCACACAUGGAUGGAGAUGUGAUGGUAACUGGGAUUAUCCCCCUGUACACUUUGGGAAUAGAUCACAGUAACAGCCAUGCAUCUAGGCAAGAAGAGAACAAAUUGUUGAUCUUCAAGAACUAUCAGUGUGUUUUGGCCUUGGCUUUUGCUAUUGAGGAGAUCAACAAAAACCCUGAUCUUUUACAUAACCUGACUCUGGGAUUUGAUGUCUAUGAUGUUCACUUCAAUGCUUGGACAAUGUUUAAGAAUCCCUUCAUUUGUCUCUUUGGGAAGUAUAAAAUUCCAAACUAUUCCUGCGUGAGAAGAAGCAGUUCUAUAGCAGUACUUACAGGACCAUCAGGAAUAGCAUCUGACCAGAUUGGGACAUUGCUGGGACUCUACAGAUUUCCACAGUUUACCUUUGGGCCUUUUGAUCAUGCCCUGAGUGACCAUAACAAGUUUCCUGCUCUCUAUCAGAUGGCCCCAAAGGACACAUCAAUAGCCGCUGCCAUGGUCUCCUUACUGCUUCACUUCAGCUGGAGCUGGGUGGGACUAUUGACCACACAAGAUGAUAAUGGGGCAAGGAUUCUUGCUGAAUUGGAAGUCGAGAUGGCCAAGAACAGAAUUUGUGUAGCCUCUGAGCUAGUGGUCUCCACCCAAGAUGCAUAUAACCACAUAGCAGUUAAUCGUUAUAUUAAUCUAUCUUCAGCAAGUGUCCUUAUCAUAUAUGGUGAUAAUAAUUCACUGAUGAUUUUUAUGAUAUAUAUUGAGCAAAUUAUUACACAUGGGAAAGUUUGUAUCAUGAACUCACAGUGGGAUUUCUCCCUCAAAAGGAGAUAUUUCAUGAUAGGAUCAUUGCAUGUACCUCUUAUUUUUACACACCAUCAUGUAGAUGUUUCUGGAUUCACAGAUUUUGUCAAGGCAGUUAAGCCUUCCAAAUACCCAGAAGACAUUUUUCUUGCGAGGCUGUGGUUUCUCUCUUUUAAUUGCUCUGAUUCUGUGUCGGACUGUGUAACAUGGGACAACUGUGCUCAUGAUGCCUCUUUGUAUUGGUUACCUGGGCAUAGUUUUGAUGUGAGUAUGUCUGUAGACAGUUACAAUAUAUACAACGGUGUGUAUGCUGUGGCUCAAGCUCUGCAUGAGAUGCUUCUUCAUCAAACAGAAGUUCAAACAAUGGGAAAUAGAAAAGGAGAACUGCCUUCCUCUACUCAGCUGCACAAUUUUCUGAAGAAUAACCAGUUUUACAAUCCUAUUGGAAAUCAAGUAAUGUGGGACAAGCAAAGGAAAUUGGAGCCAGAGUAUGACAUUCUGAAUAUUUGGAAUUUUCCAGAGGGUCUUGAACUUGAGGUGAAAGUAGGAAAGUUUUCUCCAUAUGCUCCACAUGGCAAUCAACUCUCUUUAUCUGAAGAUAUGGUAGAGUGGUCCAUUGAAACUACGGAGACUCCUCACUCUGUCUGCAGUGAGAGUUGUGGUCCUGGAUUCCGGAAAUCUCCUCAGGAGGGAAAGGCUGCCUGUUGCUUUGAUUGUACCCCUUGCUCACAAAAUGAGAUUGCUAAUGGGACAGAUAUGGAGCAAUGUGUGAAAUGUGCAGAUCAUCAGUAUGCCAACACAUACAAGACACAGUGCCUCUUAAGAGUUGCAAGUUUUCUGGCUUUUGGAGAUCCCUUGGGCAUGGUUCUGGCCUGCAUGGCUCUUUGCUUCUCUAUGCUAACUGCUGCUGUUCUUGGGGUGUUUGUGAAACACCAAGAAACUGCCAUUGUUAAGGCCAAUAACCGGGCUCUCAGUUAUAUCUUGCUCAUCUCCCUCAUCUUCUGUUUCCUCUGUUCUUUGCUCUUUCUUGGUCGACCCAAAACAGCCACCUGCAUCCUGCAGCAGAUCACAUUUGGGGUUGUAUUCACUGUGGCUGUUUCCACAGUGUUGGCCAAAACAGUGACUGUGGUUCUGGCCUUCAAGGCCACUUCCCCAGAAAGAAGGAUGAGGUGGCUGCUGGUCUCAGGAACUCCUAACUUCAUCAUCCCCAUCUGCACACUCAUCCAGGUAACCCUAUGUGGACUCUGGCUGGGAACCUCUCCUCCCUUUGUGGACACAGAUGCACAUUCUGAACAUGGCCACAUCAUAAUCCUGUGCAACAAGGGCUCCCUCACUGCCUUCUACUGUGUCCUAGGAUACCUGGGCUUUCUGGCCCUGUGCAGCUUCACCGUGGCUUUUCUGGCCAGGAACCUGCCUGACACCUUCAAUGAAGCCAAGUUCCUGACCUUCAGCAUGCUGGUGUUCUGCAGUGUGUGGCUCACCUUCCUGCCUGUCUACCACAGUGCCAAAGGGAAGGUCAUGGUGGCUGUGGAGGUCUUCUCCAUCUUGGCCUCUGGUGCAGGGCUCCUAAGCUGCAUUUUUGCCCCAAAGUGUUAUACACUCUUGUUAAUGCCAAAUAGAAAUUCUCUGCAUGGCUUCAGGGAUAAAAGACAUAGUAAGAGAAAUAAGCAUACUUAG